UGUCACUUCCUCUGUAAUUAUGUGCACCUGUGGACUUUAUGAUCUUAGGUUAUUGGUUAAAUUCCAUCUCUCAAAAUCUGAUAAUUGUUGCUGACCUUAGUAUGGCUAUUUUCUCACAUUUUUGGACCUUUGUGUAAACAUGGAUUAUUCUGCAACGCAGUGGUGUGUUUUAAACGCUACUUACCUAACCUACGCAUCUGAAAAUGUAGCACUUGUGCAAGCCGACACCAAAUCUGGAGAAUUUGCAAGUUGGUGAUUUUGACAACUGCAAAAUCUGCAAAAUUGACUAAAAAUAUCGAUAUUUAUAAACAUGAAGGCAAAAUUAUUAUUAUUUAUCUUACUUCUGGUUCUAACUACCCUUCAUGGGAUCGCUUCAAAAGUUUUGCAAAAUGAAGUAAUCUCUUCCCAUCAUAACAGAAUCAAGCGUGCAGUGAAUGCGACGGUAGCCGAUUCAACUAAUGAUGAAAGCGGGUGUGGUAAAACUUGUGUCAUGAUUGUUGUUGGUUGUGUGUUGGCAGUGCUUUUGUUGUGUUUGGCGGGAUCAAUAUAUUAUGCAGCCUGCCAAGAUAAAGGCCAAACUAAACACCAGGAAGACUGGAAUCGAACAUUAAGAAAUGCUGAAAACAAGCCCGUACGACAACCAAUAUCGUUACGACAAAUGGAUGAUCAGCUUAAUCAGUUUGGUAUGAUGGGGAGCAGCAAUGUCGGAUUUAUGGACGACAGUGCUUCCAUGGUGGGAUCUGAACUUCCUUACGACCCUGAUCCUUUUUACCACGACGAAAUAUACCAACAAAAAUUAAGGAAUUUUUAUCUGGACCAGGGGUGGGACCAAGAUGAACUAAAUUAUGAUAAUCCGCAAAGAAGAACAAGGUUCGGACCCCCGGUAAGACGCAAUCGCAUAUUUUCUGCACCUGAUAUAUACGAAGGCAGAUACCCGGGUUUGGAACAGACUGGACGGGCGUUUUCUUUGGAUCAAAAUAUGUACAAUCAAGAAGAUUCGGGUGGAUAUUAUGAACCUCAGGCUGAUUAUCCUGUUGCAUCUGAAGCUUUUGGGAGUGGCGGCUACAUUGAAGGAAAUAGCAAGCGAAAUUUUGAUAACACAAGACCUGUUUCAGGUCCACCUCAGCAAUUCGUAGAUUAUUACGGCGAUAUACUUGACCGGCAAUAUGUACCUAACAAUGAGCCAAUGAUAAGAAAGUUGGAUGAUAAAAGAUUGAUACGCGACGGAAAUCCUCCUUUGCUGAAAUCAGCCAUGAAAAAUUCAAGAAGUUGUCAAAGUAUACCUAUCGAAGUCGAAGAAGAAUUUGAGAACGAUGUGCGAAGAUUAAAACCGAAUUACAAUCGAUCAAAAUCGUUUGAUGACACUUUAGUUAGGAAUAAACAGGACACAGGUAGAAAUAGAAACGAAAAGAAUCCCUCACCCGAAAGUUCUGAAGUAGACGCCGACUAUGAUGCUGGAGAAGUUUCACCUUACUUAAGUUAUGAUAACGAAGAGGAAGAUUACGAUGAAGAAUUAAACGAACCCAUAAAUGGAAAACUCGCCUACCCUGAUCGUAUUGUUCGCGUAAGAAAAGAUAACCAUGUGGAAAUAAUACAGAAUGGAGAUGAAGACGAAGAAACAGACAAUAUUAAAAAUGUGCAUACUACCCGAGUAUUAGACAAUGUAACCGAUAAACCACUCGAUACGGUACGUGUAACGGAUGAUACAAGUGAUAUCGAUAAUGUAGAGUCUGAAGGGACGAUUCACAUAGUGGAUGAAAACGAAAAUAACGAAAUAGUCAAACCUAUUCGUGCAAUACGAAUAUCAGAUAAACGAACAACUAAAGAUACUUUCUAUCGCUCGAAAGCACUUCUCGGGCCGUCGUUUGAAAGCAAGAUAAUUCCAAAAGUAUUGUGAGAUGUAUUCCAGUCCUCUUUCGUAAUUGACAUGAAGCCAUUACACGUAAAAAAAGGCUUUUAGCAGAGAGGUAUUUUUGUAUAGUACAUAAAUUGUGUAUGGAUUAAAAUAAAAAGAUAUUUCCUGUCUAUUUUAA